AUGGAUGUGUUACCUACACUUUCUGGCUCCAAUUUUUCAUUGUUCAGUGCCAAACUAAAUCAAUUGAAAACGUUUUUCAACAGUAACUUCAACCAACAUGACAAUAACAGUGAAAAGUUUUUGCAAUUGUUAGAGAUGCUCAAUGUGAGUCACAACAUUGAAUUGAAAAUGAAGGAUUCAAAGAUCUCUACGUUAGAGCUGGAAAUUUCCAAUAUUAUAAUGGUUUUAUCGCGCAUUGAUAGUGCUGCUGAGGCAAAUGAUGCCAUGAACUCUUCUUUGCUCAAUCGCGUCUCAGCUGAACCACAACAAAUACAGGCUGCUGACGAUCUUGCUGACGAUCCUGCAAGACAUUCAAAUGCUGAAGACACAUUCUCAACUUCAGACCAAAGAACUCCAAUUGAAGAAAUUGGGAAAAAAAUCAACAGAAAAAAUUCUGACUGA